AUGAAAGUUUUUAAUACAAAGCUUCAAACGGUAGUGAGAGAACAACUGACUGCGGAAGGGCAUCCAUUACCUUCAGAAGUUACCAUAGCAUAUAAUUUUGAAACAAACUCAAUAGAUUUUAAAGUCAUCUCUGCAAAGAAGUCAGGAUUUACAUUUAAUGAAGCAGAUGUAUAUUCGAAUGAAAACUUCAAUGCUAUUGCAUGGUUAGAUAAUGACGAUUGCUUUAAGAAAAUCUUUAAAUUCAGUGACUCAAAGAUGUCAAUAGAUGACCUUCGUGGAAUGUUACCAUCGACGUUUACAGUAGAAGGUUCAGCAGGAUUGCUUACAAGAUUGUCAAUUGGUGGUAUUUGGUCUCGUGAAAACAUUGUUAUAAAAUCCAGUAUAAGUGAAUUUGCUGAAGAAUCUAUAUUAUGUCUUUCAAACUACAUGUAUUCGCCGCCGAAGCAUUAUAGUAUAACAAACUUUGUCAGUAAGUUUAACAUAAGACUUGUCGAACCUUCUUCAAUGAAAGAUGUUGUGCUACCUAAAGAUGGAAAGGAUGGACUCAUUAUUGAGAUGAUUUUAAUAGCAUAUUAA